AUGCGCCAGGUCCCGGCCGGGUCGCGCCGCCCGCGGGCCGCGGGUUCGAGCCCCGCUCCGGUCCCGGGGCCACUCCCGGUACCGGUACCGGGCCGGUUCCGGGGGCUCCUCCCGCGGCCGCCCCGCCCGGCGCGGCCGCUGCUGCCGCUGCUGGCGCUGCUGGCGGCCGCCGCCGUGCUGUUCCUUGCCUGGCCCGGCGGGGAACGCGGAACAGCCGGCCCGCCUUCGGACGAAGCCCUGCGGACCCUCCUGUCCCACCUGGACCCCUCCCGGCUCUGGGGGUCCCUCCUGAGACCCCUCCUGCACGAGAGGGUCCCGGGGGGACCCGGCAGCCGCGCGGCCCGGGAGCACAUCGUGUCCCACCUGCGCUCGCUGGGGGCCGGCUGGCACCUGGAGCUGGACACCUUCACUGCGGCCACCCCCCGCGGCCAGGUGACGUUCAGCAGCGUGGUGGCCACGGCGGCGCCGGUGGCCGCGCGGCGCCUGGCGCUGGCCUGUCACUACGACACCAAGGUGGUGGCCUCGGGGACAUUCGUGGGUGCCACCGACGCCGCCGUGCCCUGCGCGCUCCUGCUGGAGCUGGCCACGGCGCUGGACACGCACCUGCGGCGGAGGGAAACACAGGACCCCCCGCUGACGCUGCAGUUGCUGUUCCUGGACGGGGAGGAGGCGUUCGGGGAAUGGAGCGACAGCGAUUCGCUCUACGGGGCGCGACACCUGGCGGCCAGCAUGGCGGCACGGCGUCACCCGGCGGGGUCACAGCUCGCCGCCAUGAGCCUGCUGGUGCUGCUGGACCUGCUGGGUGGCCCCAGCCCCGCCAUCCACAGCCACUUCUCCCGGACCCACCACUGGUUCCUGCGCCUCGUCACCAUCGAGCAGCGCCUGCGCCGCCUGGCUCUCCUGCACUCCGCUGCCCCGGAUCCGCCGUUCUUCCGUCUCAGCCCCGCCCCGGGGCCCGUCGAGGACGAUCACGUGCCCUUCCUGCAGAGAGGUGUCCCAGUGCUGCACCUGAUCCCGACGCCGUUCCCGCGGGUGUGGCACACGCCGGGGGACACCGAGGACAAUCUGCACCCCCCGACCGUGCAGGACCUGGCCAAGGUCCUGGUGGUCUUCGUGGCCGAGUUCCUGCAGCUCUGACCCCCCCCCGGCCCGGGGACCCCCCAAAAACCCCAAAUAAACCCCAAAAA